AAUGCUUUUUUUUCUUUAUGUUUCUUCCUACAUUUCAAAUUUUUCAUAUGAGGGGCUUAUUAUUUUGAUUGUGAAUUGGUCAAUAUAGUGAGAAAAAUAAAAAAAUUGUUUCUGCUUAUAGUUUUGAAGGCAAACCGUAUCCAAAUACUCAAUAAAUUUGUAUGAAUGAGUACUCCAACAGCGAAAGGCGAAGACAGAGAUAUUGUUAUAACAAGAAGUGAUAGAAAAAAUGCAUCGUCUUCUGGUGUUAAGGGAUUGAGGACCAAAUCAAUUCAUCCUCCUAUUGAAAUGCAUUGGGAUCUCCCUACUACACAAAAAGGAAAGAAAAAGGCUUCACUCUCCAUCAAGUCAUUGUUGUCUUACCCACUCAUGAAAUUUGGAAGGAGUAAAAGUUUGGAAAUGGUUCUAGAAGGAACUCAUGAUCCAAAUGAUGAGCAAAUUGUUGAGGCUUUUCGCGAAAUGCUUUCACGUGAGGGUCUAUUACCACCUAAACACAAUGAUUAUCAUACUCUUCUAAGGUUUCUGCGGAUGAAUGAUUUUGAUAUGACGAUAUCCAAAGAUAUGUUUCUCAAUUAUCUGAAAUGGCGAAAGGAAUUUCGAGUCGACAUGAUUCAUAAGGAAUUCAAAUUCACAGAAUACACAGAAGUGAAAAAAUGUUAUCCCCAUGGAUACCAUGGAGUUGAUAAAUGUGGCAGACCUGUGUAUAUUGAGAGAAUUGGGAUGAUAGAUAUUAACAAACUGUGGCAAAUAACCACACAAGAAAGGCUUAUCAAGCAUCAUGUGUCAGAACAAGAGAAAACACUAAGAGUUAGAUACCCUGCAUGUUCGUUAGCAGCUAAAAGACACAUAGCUUCCACCACAAGUAUCUUGGAUGUCAAUGGAGUAGGAAUGUCUAAUUUCUCAAAGCCUGCAAGGUACAUCUUCAUGGAAAUUCAGAAGAUUGAUAGCAGUUAUUAUCCUGAGACUCUAAAUAAACUCUUUAUUAUUAAUGCUGGUUCUGGCUUUAAGAUGUUGUGGAAAGCAGUGAAGGCAUUCCUAAGUGAACGCACAGUAGCAAAAAUUCAAGUUUUGGGUUCUAAUUAUCUCAGUGUGUUGCUAGAGGCUAUUGAUCCGAGUAACUUGCCAACAUUUUUGGGUGGUAAUUGCACAUGUUCUGAAUAUGGAGGUUGCUUGAUGAGUGAUCAAGGCCCCUGGAAAAAUUCAGAAUUGUUAGAAAUGAUUCAGACAACGGAAGAGAUGGAUGGUGCGUGCGAACACAACAAUGUGGUUUCAGAAGGAUCAUUGAUGUCCAAAACGGUUGAAAUGCAAAACAAAGAUGAUCUAAGUAUGAGUUUGGCACUUGAGGAAACAACAAGGGCUAGAACAAGCUUGUCAUGUAGGUUAGCAUUACAAAAAAUUGAUUGGCUUGAAGCUAGUCUUGGAGAUAUCAAGAAUCAGAAAAUAAAGACAUUAGAAGAUGCACUUCAAGACACCAAGAUGGCAUUGAAAGAACUUGCACAACAUAUAGAACAGUAAAAAAGUGAAAUUGACUACUGUUAACAAAAUUGCAAUUAGCAAUUAGUAAUUGUUUUUUCACUUGCACCCUUUUAUUCAUAUUUAUACUCUUUCACAUGAGUCGCCAUAAAUGAAUUAAGUUAAUUGAAUUCAUACAUGUAUGAUAUCGUUUUCUUUUUAUAGUUUGUAUAAAUAAUAUAACCUCUCUUAUUUUGGCAAAUGAAUAAUAAUGAAGCUUCAUCGUUCA